UUAGUUGCCGUUUAAACUUGGUCGUGAGAGGGUAGCAGCCCUGUUUCGAGCCGCUCGCGAUCGCGUCCUAAAACUGUGAGUACUGUGAGAACCGUACCAACACAAGCUUGCAGAUCCAAAUCCUCUAGCAUAUUCUGAUGGCCCCCGUGAGUGGCUGUUCGCCCACCGCCACCCAAUCGCUGCAGGACAUGAGUGCCGCCGCAGCGGCUAUCGCCCUUGACAUGAAGCCUAAGGGGGAACCCCACCCCCUUUCCGCCGCCACUGUCAUGCCCUCGCAGAAGAUCAAGAAACUGGUGCGCCGCAACGCCUCCGACAAGCUGAAGCUCAUCCAAAUGGUCCACGACAAUCCAAUUCUCUGGGACUCACGACUGCCCAACUUUAAGGGCGCCGAGGAGGAGAAGAAUCGGGCCUGGGAGCACAUAGGUCACGAGUUCAACGCUCCUGGCCGACGCGUAGCACGGGCCUUUAAGUCGCUGCGGGAAUCCUAUCGCCGUGAAUUGGCCCACGUCAAGCUUAUGGGGAACGGCUUUAAGCCCAAAUGGAGCCUGUACGAGGCAAUGGACUUCCUGCGCGACGUCAUCAGAGAGAGAAAGGGCGCAUCGCAUGCAACCGAUCUCAGCCUGAACGCUUAUGCCCAUAUAAGCAACAACAACAAUAACAACAAUAACAGCCUGGGAGCAGCCGGAAAAGCGGUGGCCCUGAAGCUUUCUUCGUCCUUCAGCGAGUCCGCCGCAGUGUUAAAUCUCUCAAAGUGCUCCUCGUUGAAUGUCAGCGGCGAUGACUACUACUGCGAUUACUACGUGAAACCCGAGCUAGAGCUUACUGAGGGCGGUGGAGCUGGAAGUAGUAGCAGUGGCAGUAGCUCUGGCGGUGGACCACUUCCACUGCCCGCUCAUCAACACCCGGCUCACAACGACAGCCGGGUGAGCUCAACACGCAACGAGCGCCAACACCUGCAGAACAGCUACGAUGACAUGGACGCCAGCUCGAUUCGAAGUGGAGAUGACGACGUUGUUGAAGAGUUGGAUGCCAUUGAUGCUGACUUUCCAUAUCCUCUGAUCCUUGACUCGAACUCACGUGGGAGCACCAAUGCUGGCGUGGACGAAAUAACCUCUUUGCGCAAGCGUCGCCGCAUAGCCGAUCAGGACACCCUGGAUGAUGGUAAUGGCGAUGGCGAUGCUGUCAUCGAUGACGACGACUAUGAGGAGCAGAUGUUGCAGCAGCACCGUCAUCUUCGGCAGCAGCAGGGUUCAUCUGCCACUGGAGGGCUUGAUCUGCCGCCGCCACAAACUGUGCGUGAGGUUCUUAAUUCUAAGUUUUGCGGCUUUAUUUCUGCUAAGCUUAACAGCAUGGAGGACUCGGAAGCAGACAAUCUAAUGAACCGCAUUCUUCUGUUGCUGGUUCAAGUUCAGCAGAACGAUGGGUCCACCAAAUAGACGAUAUGAGAGAUAUGAAGUUAUAUUAUCAAAAAAAAAGCUCAUUAUAGAUUAAUGCAGCUGCUCAAAGCACUCAUAACGGAUGCAUUUAUUGACAUUCGUUUCAACUUCCCUUGCCAUAAGAAAUGUUAACUUAAUUGCCAAUGCCAAAUCGGUGCCAUACCAAAAAGAUCAAACAAAUAAGAAUGGUUUUAUAAAGAGAUUAUACCAUUUUUUCGCUCUCAUUUACUACAAAGAACAAAACUGAAUAAAAAGACAACACAAAGACGAAAACAAAGAAAAUAGGUAAAAUAGGAAUUUAGUGUAAUUAAAUUUCAAAUGUUAAUAUUGUUUUAAGCGAUCAACUGUAAAUCACACUGACGCUAACGUCUCAUCACAUGAAACUAUUAUUCUAUCAGAAUCAGAUCGCUGAUCACCUUUAAUAUCUUCUUCUUUUUAAAUUGAAGAGUUAAGAAUUGAAUAUAUCUAUUUCACUAUUUUUCUAUAGUGAACCAGCCAUCAUAUUACUGUUAGUUUUACAACGAAAUAUAUAUUUAUAAUUUUUUAGAAACCAUACGAACGACAAUUGUAAUUAUUUUUGUUAUUCAAUAAAAUACCAUAUAUAUGGUAGAAAACGUA